ACUUAAAUCCAACAUCUCUUCAACCUCACCUUUUCUUCAAUUCAGCCAUGAACUCUAAUUUUCAUAAACUCCUACUCAUUCUCCUUGUUUUCUCCACUGCCACCGCAUCUGCAAGAAAAAUGGCUUCAACGAAAGCAGCAGGAGAAGUGGAUCAACAAAUCAAGGGUGAGGAAUCUGAUUUAAAGGUUGCAAGUGUUGAUUCUUUUGAUAAGUUGAUGGGGGUGGAAGAAUGUGGAAAUGGAGAGACAGAGUGUUUGAUGAGAAGGGCUGUUUCGGAGGCCCAUUUGGAUUAUAUCUACACAGAGAAGAAGGGCAACUAAACUAGUGCGUUCCAAUUUCAAACAUGUGUGUAAUUGUGUCACUACACUGUUACUUCUCAAUGCUUGCUACAUAGUAACAAGUAGUCCUACUAUUUAGUUUCAUUUUCUAGUGCAAUGUUAUGGAUGAUAUUCAUAUAUGUAUCAUCAAAUUAUUCAAUCAUAAAUAAAUUUAGUAGUA